AUGGCUGACAAGGGUCUCGAGGACGUCCCCGAGGGACAGAUCGAGUCUAACUACGAUGAGACCGUCGACUCUUUCGAUGAGAUGAACCUCAAGUCGGAGCUCCUCCGCGGUAUCUAUGCCUACGGUUUCGAGCGCCCCUCUGCUAUUCAGCAGCGUGCUAUCAUGCCCGUCAUCAAGGGCCAUGAUGUUAUCGCCCAGGCUCAGUCCGGUACUGGCAAGACUGCCACCUUCUCUAUCUCGGUCCUCCAGAAGAUCGACACCUCCCUCAAGCAGUGCCAGGCCCUCAUUCUCGCCCCCACCCGUGAGUUGGCCCAGCAGAUUCAGAAGGUCGUUGUCGCCAUUGGCGACUUCAUGAACAUUGAGUGCCACGCCUGCAUUGGUGGUACCAGCGUCCGAGACGAUAUGAAGGCUCUCGGCGAGGGCCCCCAGGUGGUUGUCGGUACCCCCGGUCGUGUCCACGACAUGAUUCAGCGUCGUUUCCUUAAGACGGACUCCAUGAAGAUGUUUGUCCUCGACGAGGCCGAUGAGAUGUUGUCUCGUGGUUUCACCGAGCAGAUCUACGACAUCUUCCAGCUCCUUCCCCAGAGCACCCAGGUCGUCCUUCUCUCGGCCACCAUGCCCCAGGACGUCCUUGAGGUCACCACCAAGUUCAUGCGCGACCCCGUCCGCAUCUUGGUCAAGAAGGACGAGCUUACCCUUGAAGGUAUCAAGCAGUUCUACAUCGCCGUCGAGAAGGAGGAGUGGAAGCUCGAUACCCUCUCCGAUUUGUAUGAGACUGUCACCAUCACCCAGGCCGUCAUCUUCUGCAACACCCGCCGCAAGGUCGACUGGCUUACCGACAAGCUCACUGCCCGUGAUUUCACCGUCUCGGCCAUGCACGGUGACAUGGACCAGGCCCAGCGUGACCUCAUCAUGAAGGAGUUCCGCUCCGGCUCCUCUCGUGUCCUCAUCGCCACUGACCUUUUGGCCCGUGGUAUUGAUGUCCAGCAGGUUUCCCUGGUCAUCAACUACGAUCUCCCCGCCAACCGUGAGAACUACAUUCAUCGCAUUGGUCGUGGUGGUCGUUUCGGUCGCAAGGGUGUUGCGAUCAACUUUGUCACUGCUGAUGAUGUCCGCAUGAUGCGCGAGAUUGAGCAGUUCUACAGCACCCAGAUUGAGGAGAUGCCGAUGAACGUGGCCGACCUCAUCUAA